AGGAAAGAAUCCUCGUCUCUCUGUCGCUGCUUUAAUCACGUCAAGAAGCUUCCCGUCACUUCAUCUUACCAAGAGACGCUCCAUCUUGCAAUGAAUACAUUGUCAACUGCUCCAUUGUCAGUAGACACGCCGGAGCUGCAAUGAAGGCAGGGGCUUCGUCCGUGUGGGCUUCAUGCUGUGGUCUGCUGAAUGAAGUUAUGGGUACUGGAGCUGUCAGAGGUCAGCAACCAGGGUUUGGGACCGGUGCUGGCCCCUUCAGGUUUGCCCCCAGUGCGGGAUAUUCCACAUACCCGCCGACCAGCUCAGGGAGUCCCAGCCUUGUGUGCAAGUCUUGUGGUCUGGCCUUCUCAGUCUUCAGGAGGAAGCACAUCUGCUGUGACUGCAAGAAGAGCUUCUGCUCUCUGUGCUCUGUGCUCCUGGAGAAUGUGCGCAUCUGUGCCACGUGUCAUUUGCUGAAGGCAACUUCCUUCCAGCGGCCGCGGCUCAUGCGUCUAAGGGUCAGGGACCUGCGACAAUACUUGCUGCUCCACAAUGUCCCGACGGACACUUGCAGGGAAAAAGAAGACCUGGUGGACCUGGUGCUCUGUCACCAAGGCAGUGAAGGAGAGGAUGAGCCUGACACAAGUAGCCUCCACUCACGUUCCAUGUAUACACCAACCCCUUCUACCACACAGUCUGCCUCGGAGCUGUCCACCCUCGCUGCCUCUCAAGAGGAGCCUCUCAGCAGGAGUGAUAGUUCUGAUACCAACCAGGACAUAGGUGAUGCAACAUCGGUGUCGCUCCUAAACUUGGAUCCGAGUGAUAACACACCUGAGACGAGUCCUCAGACGCGCCGUAGGCUCAGAGCAUCUCUGUCGGACAUCUCCAGUUUGAGGGACAUUGAAGGACUCUCUGUCAGGCAGCUGAAGGAGAUCCUGGCUAGAAACUUUGUCAACUAUUCAGGGUGCUGCGAGAAGUGGGAGCUGGUAGAGCGAGUCAGCAGACUCUACAGAGAAACCGAGGAGAACAGGAAAUCAUUGGAAAAUGUGAGCAGUACUGUAACCAAAGUGGUGGCCUUCCCCUCUCCUAUCUGCAAUGGGGCCAUUGGAGAUGGUGAGAAGGGUCCCAUGAUGUUCCACGACGAGAACCUGUGUAGGAUCUGCAUGGACGCCGUGAUCGACUGUGUUCUGCUUGAGUGCGGCCACAUGGUGACCUGCACCAAGUGUGGCAAGAGGAUGAGCGAGUGCCCCAUCUGCAGGCAGUACGUCGUGAGGGCCGUGCAUGUCUUCAAGUCUUAAUGCAGCCCUGCAACCUCACAACUUCGACAAAGCAGUUCAGACUCAGACGGUACCUUAAAUCAACCAUGCAACUCUCAUCCUCAAAUGAAUUUUUUUCUUUAUCACGGUUGGAUUUCCUCAUUUUUAGUAUUCUUUACUUUUGCCAGUUAGGAUACUUCCCUCCAGUCAUUCCUGAGGUAAACAUAUCUCUUUCUUUAUCCAGAAGUUUCCUUGUUUUCCCACCAAAUGAAUGUUAAGUCUUGUGACAUGUAGAUAGAGCUCCUCUUUUCAUAAUCACUGCAAGUGACUACAUAUCUUAGUAACAACCAAGGAUGGACACACACUGACAAGAGGGUACGCAAAAGGUGCCAAACAGUGGGCGAGAAUUCUAACCCAUCACAUUCUUCCACUAGUGGGUGGCUUUGUGACUAUUUAGCAGUAAGCUUUGCUCACUCAUCGGUUUCUGAACAGUAGAGGAGACUGGAAUGGCAUGUUUACUAAUUAUUGAAUACUCACUUUGUGUCGUGCAGGCCACUAACUUGAUGAAUGCCAGUUAAAAUCUGUAUGCACUUAUUUUGUCAAAAUGCAUUACUGCAGUGAUAACAUAAGGUCUGUCAUUACAGCAAUACUUCGUCGCCUCUGUUGUCUCUACACUGGAGACAAAAUUUGGUGCUAAACUCAUCUAAACAUCCUCACAGUUUUCUAGUCCAGCUGGAUAUAAUCUGAAUGUUUUUUAUUUUGGUUUACUGUCAGAAGUGGAAUGAAGUGUCUAUUAUUUUUUUAUUUGCUGUUGGUCUAAUGAACUGAACAAUUCAAAGAUAUACAUGUUGAUAUAUAGAAAGUAUGACUUGCUAAUGUACAUUAUUAAUGCAUAUGAGAUGUAAAAAUCUAUAUUUUUUUCCAUUUCAUUUAACUUGUGUAAAGUAAAAUGAUUGAAAUGUCCCUUGGAUUGGAAUUGUUUACUAUUGGGUUUUUCUUGUUAGGUGGAGUUUAAUCUGGUUUGUCCCUCUUGCACCAGAACAUCUUUAUCCAACAUUCUUCCUAUCUUUUUACCUCACAAAAUUCCAUUUUCACUGCAUUCAGUUUUGAACUUUACCUGCACAAAUGUCACAAAUGCUGCUAUUACAACUGCAUCACAGCAGGUGGCACUUUUCCUUUAGAGGGGCAACCAUUGUGUGAAAGGUUUUGUCUUUGUAUUUGGGACUGUUGAACGUUUUAUUUUA